CUAAAAUCCAUGGUGAAAUUUUCAAAAUCUGGGUCGGUCUACAACGUCAGAUAGUACUAAGCAGUGCAGAAUUAAUUGAACAACUUAAUAUUCCAUCCGCGAAAGGUAAUUUCAUUAUUCGUUAUGCGUAUCAUGAAGGUUUGGAAGCAUGGGGAACUGAUACCGGGAUUACAUUUAAUCAAGUUGGCGAUUUAAUCGAAACACCUCAUCGAAACGAAAAAUACUUUACCGACCCCGAAAAAUUUAUACCAGAAAGGUUUAUCAAUGAUGGUAAUGACGGAAAAAAUUUCUUCAAAAAAGCAUUUUAUCCAUGGGGUGGUGGACUAAACAUUUGUUCUGCGAGAAAUAUCGGACUCGCUUUUGUAAAGAUGCUGCUGAUUCUGUUGUAUCGUAAUGACGAGGUUAAAUUGGUUAAUGCGGAUAAACAAUACUUCAAGAUUCCCACAU